GGAGCGCUGAGCACCGGAGGGCUUGACGCGCGCGCUCGGCUCCUCCCUUCGCCACUCGCUGAUUAGCAAAGUAACUCUGGAGUAAGAGGAGCAGCUCGCGCCGAGAACGGGAGCGGCUGGUUCGGGACGUAGCGUUUGCCCCUCGGGGAAGCUUUCCAGUGCACCCGCCGCCACCACCGCGGAGGACGACGACAAGGGAACUGUUGCGGGGGGGGCGGGGGGGAGUUUCGGUGGGCAACUGUAGGAGCCGGAGCGGCCAAGGGAGGCGAGCGUUUCUUCGCGGCUGUGGGGAAGAACAGGAGGGAGACUCCUUGCAAAAGUUCUCCAAAGUCGCCACCAUGGCUCCGGGGGCUGGAGCAGUCGGCUUCCUGGCGGCGCUCGCCUCCUUCGUCUCCCCCUCAGCUUCCCUUCUCGGGGCAGCACGGAGCCAGUUCUCCGCAGGUGGUUGCACAUUUGAUGAUGGUCCAGGGCCCUGUGAUUACCAUCAAGACCCGUAUGAUGAUUUUGACUGGGUUCAUAUUAGUGCUCAAGAACCUCACUACCUGCCACCCGAGAUGCCUCCAGGCUCAUACAUGAUCGUGGAGUCUUCACACCACAGCCAUGGAGAAAAGGCUCGACUCCAGCUUCCUACAAUGAAAGAAAAUGAUACUCACUGUAUUGAUUUCAGCUACCUUUUGUACAGUAAGAAAGGAGCAAGCCCUGGAACUCUGAAUAUCUUGGUCAGGGUAAACAAAGGACCUCUGGCUAAUCCCAUUUGGAAUGUGACAGGCUCCACUGGCAAAGACUGGCUGCGAGCAGAGUUGGCUGUGAGCACCUUUUGGCCAAAUGAAUACCAGGUAAUAUUUGAGGCUGAAGUCUCAGAUGGGAGAAAUGGCUACAUUGCCAUUGAUGACAUCCAAGUUCUGAGUUACCCUUGUGAUAAAUCUCCUCAUUUCUUGAGGCUUGGGGAUGUGGAGGUCAAUGCAGGCCAGAAUGCUACAUUUCAGUGCAUUGCUACAGGGAGGGAUGCUGUGAAUAACAAGUUAUGGCUGCAGAGACGAAAUGGAGAAGAUAUUCCAGUGGCUCAAACCAAAAACAUAAAUCACAGGCGAUUUGCUGCUACUUUUAAGCUUCGGGAAGUAACAAAAACGGAUCAGGAUCUAUAUCGCUGUGUUACUCAGUCUGAGAGAGGAUCAGGAGUCUCUAACUUUGCUCAGCUUAUUGUUCGAGAACCACCUCGACCAAUAGCACCCCCACAGUUACUUGGAGUUGGACCAACUUAUUUGCUGAUUCAGUUGAAUGCUAAUUCCAUUAUUGGAGAUGGGCCUAUUAUCCUGAAAGAAGUGGAAUACCAUAUGACAACUGGGACGUGGACAGAAACCCAUGCUGUAAAUGCACCAACCUAUAAGCUAUGGCAUUUGGACCCAGAUACAGAAUAUGAGAUCCGUGUUCUUCUGACCAGACCUGGAGAAGGUGGCACUGGUCAGCCAGGCCCACCGCUUAUCACCCGAACCAAAUGUGCAGAGCCCAUGAGAACGCCAAAAACACUGAAGAUUGCUGAGAUCCAGGCUCGACGUAUUGCUGUGGAUUGGGAGUCCUUGGGUUACAACAUUACUCGCUGCCACACGUUUAAUGUCACAAUUUGCUACCAUUACUUCCGAGACCAUAAUGAAAGCAAGGCAGACUGCUUGGAUAUGGAUCCCAAAGCACCCCAGCACGUUGUUAAUCAUCUGCCUCCUUAUACAAAUGUAAGCCUUAAAAUGAUCCUAACUAAUCCCGAAGGAAGAAAAGAAAGUGAAGAGACAAUUAUCCAAACAGAUGAAGAUGCGCCUGGUCCUGUACCUGCAAAAUCAUUAAAGGGAACCCCCUUUGAAGAUAAGAUCUUCCUGAACUGGAAAGAACCUGUGGAUCCAAAUGGUAUUAUCACACAGUACGAGGUCAGUUACAGCAGUAUAAGAUCAUUUGAUCCAGCAGUUCCUGUGGCUGGGCCUGCUCAAACUGUGGCAAAGCUCUGGAAUAGCACGCAUCAUGUCUUUUCCCAUCUACACCCUGGUACUACCUACCAGUUUUACAUAAGGGCUAGCACGAACAAAGGGUUUGGACCAGCUACAGCAAUUAACGUUACCACCAACAUAUCAGCUCCCACUCUACCUGACUAUGAAGGGAUUGAAUUCAUUCUUAAUGAAACUGCCACAACCAUAACAGUACUGUUGAGACCAGCACAGGCCAAGGGGGCUCCUAUCAGUGCCUACCAGAUUGUUGUUGAAGAGCUGCAUCCUCAUCGAACAAAACGAGAAACUGGAGCAAUGGAUUGCUACCAGGUUCCUGUCACAUAUCAUAAUGCUCUGAAUGGUGGCUCGCCAUAUUAUUUUGCUGCAGAACUACCACCUGGUAACCUUCCUGAACCAGCCCCUUUCACAGUUGGUGAUAACAGAACCUAUCAAGGCUUUUGGAAUCCACCUUUGACUCCUCGUAAAGGAUAUAACAUCUAUUUCCAAGCCAUGAGCAGUGUUGAGAAGGAAACAAAAACGCAGUGUGUUCGGAUAGCUACCAAAGCAGCAGCAACAGAAGAACCAGAGGUCAUUCCAGACCCAGCCAAGCAAACAGACCGUGUUGUGAAAAUAGCUGGAAUAAGUGCUGGGAUUCUAGUCUUUAUUCUCCUCCUCCUCCUGGUCAUAUUGAUUGUCAAAAAAAGCAAACUUGCUAAGAAACGCAAAGAUGCCAUGGGAAAUGCGAGGCAAGAAAUGACCCACAUGGUGAAUGCGAUGGAUAGGAGUUACGCAGAUCAGAGCACCCUUCAUGCAGAGGAUCCUCUCUCAGUUACUUUUAUGGAUUCUCAUAACUUCAGCCCCAGGUUGCCAAAUGAUCCACUUGUGCCGACCGCUGUAUUAGUCCCUAUAACUGAUGAGAACCACAGUGCUGCGACAGCAGAGUCAAGUCGCCUGUUAGAUGUGCCUCGGUACCUCUGUGAAGGAACGGAGUCCCCUUACCAGACAGGCCAACUGCAUCCUGCUAUCAGAGUGGCUGAUUUGCUGCAGCAUAUUAACCUCAUGAAAACAUCUGACAGCUAUGGUUUUAAAGAAGAAUAUGAGAGUUUCUUUGAAGGGCAGUCAGCUUCUUGGGAUGUGGCAAAAAAGGAUCAAAACAGAACAAAGAAUAGAUAUGGAAAUAUUAUAGCAUAUGACCACUCCAGGGUGAUACUGCAACCUGUUGAGGAUGAUCCUUCUUCAGACUACAUUAAUGCUAAUUAUAUUGAUAUUUGGCUGUACAGGGAUGGGUACCAGAGGCCAAGUCACUAUAUUGCAACCCAAGGCCCAGUCCAUGAAACAGUAUAUGAUUUCUGGCGAAUGAUAUGGCAGGAGCAAUCAGCUUGCAUUGUUAUGGUUACAAAUUUAGUUGAGGUCGGACGGGUCAAGUGUUACAAGUAUUGGCCUGAUGACACUGAAGUGUAUGGGGAUUUCAAAGUUACUUGUGUGGAAGUUGAGCCACUUGCAGAGUAUGUAGUCAGGACAUUCACCCUUGAAAGAAGAGCAUACAAUGAAAUCCGUGAAGUUAAACAGUUCCACUUUACUGGCUGGCCAGAUCAUGGAGUACCGUACAACGCAACAGGCCUUCUUUCAUUUAUACGCCGUGUGAAACUUUCUAACCCUCCUAGUGCUGGGCCGAUUGUUGUGCAUUGCAGUGCUGGAGCUGGACGAACUGGCUGUUACAUUGUAAUUGACAUCAUGCUAGACAUGGCAGAAAGAGAAGGUGUUGUGGACAUCUACAAUUGUGUCAAAGCACUGCGUUCACGCCGCAUCAAUAUGGUACAGACAGAGGAACAGUAUAUCUUUAUUCACGAUGCCAUUCUGGAAGCUUGCUUAUGUGGAGAAACUGCUAUCCCUGUCUGUGAAUUCAAAGCUGCAUAUUUUGACAUGAUUAGAAUAGACUCUCAGACAAACUCUUCACAUCUCAAAGAUGAAUUUCAGACCCUGAAUUCGGUGACUCCUCGUCUGCAAGCAGAAGACUGCAGUAUAGCAUGUCUGCCAAGGAACCAUGACAAGAACCGCUUUAUGGAUAUGCUGCCACCUGACAGAUGUCUGCCUUUCUUAAUCACUAUUGAUGGCGAGAGCAGCAAUUACAUCAGUGCUGCCCUUAUGGAUAGCUACCGACAACCUGCAGCUUUCAUUGUCACACAGCAUCCUCUGCCAAACACUGUGAAGGAUUUCUGGAGAUUAGUUUAUGACUAUGGCUGUACAUCUCUUGUGAUGUUAAAUGAAACUGAUUUAGCACAGGGCUGUCCCCAAUAUUGGCCAGAAGAAGGAAUGUUGAGAUACGGUCCCAUUCAGGUGGAAUGCAUGUCCUGUUCAAUGGACUGUGAUGUAAUAAACAGAAUUUUCAGGAUAUGCAACUUAACAAGGCCUCAAGAAGGCUAUUUGAUGGUCCAGCAGUUCCAGUAUCUGGGAUGGGCAUCUCACAGGGACGUGCCAAGUUCCAAACGAUCAUUCUUGAAGUUAAUUCUUCAGGUUGAAAAGUGGCAAGAAGAAUGUGAAGAAGGAGAAGGUAGAACCAUUAUUCACUGCCUGAAUGGUGGUGGACGAAGUGGAAUGUUCUGUGCCAUAGGCAUUGUAGUGGAAAUGCUUAAAAGACAGAAUGUUGUUGAUGUUUUCCAUGCAGUAAAAACGUUACGGAACAGUAAGCCAAACAUGGUAGAAACACCGGAGCAAUAUCGUUUCUGCUAUGAUGUCGCUUUGGAGUACCUUGAAUCGUCUUAAUGUGAAAGGAGAGAUGCAACUAUGUGAACCAAAUAAUAUGAAACUCAAAAAACUGUAUUUUGGCAUCGGCUGUUGAACCUGUGAAGAAAGAUUUUAGUGAAGGGAAGACUUAAUUUUUCAAUGCAGAAGUAUUUUUCUUAAUAAAUGGUGUACCUUAAUAAUGAAAAAGAGGACUAUUUGUUUCCAUGCAGUAUGAAGAUUCAGUGCCACAUAAAUAAGGAGCUGAGGCAGAUCAUAUCUGUUGUUCUAGGCAGGACUUUUCAGUGUUUGUAUAUUCAGCUGUCUCUCAGUUACACUAGAGUCACCAUCUGUUGCAUGUACCUAUUUCUAUAUGACAUUUUAUUUCUCUUUGUUCUUAAUUUGAUAAACGGUUCAAAGUAAAACAAAACUGUGCAGAUUGAUAUUCUCUGUAAGUUCCACAUGUUGCAAGAAAUAUAUAUAUAUCUACAUAUAUAUCUACAUAUAUAUAUAUGUAGAGAGAGAGAUGUAUGAUAGAUAACUGGCUUAUUUUAUUUUAAUGUGCAAUGAUGGCCUGAUCACAGAGUUCUUUAUAAAGAAAUCUAAGCAUAAGCCAAAGACUCGUGUAAAUAUGUCUAUAUGAAAAAAAGCACAUUGUAUUUAUUUACUGACAUUCCUUCUAUGAUGGCUGAACAAAAACAUUUUUCCCUCUUGGAAAGCUUUUUUUUUUUUUUUUUGCUGAAAUCAAGUGUAAAUGAAUUUUGUAGAUUAUUUUUUGUAUGUUUUUGUGUAAGUAGAAAGAGCCUUUUUAUGGGUAGACCAGGAAACAUUGGUAUAGUGGUCUUUUGUGUGUGUUUACAUGUUUGUGAAUUAAAUUCAUGUCAACAGCUUGGUUAUUGAAGGUCUAUAUAGGACCAAAAUUGAAACCUCUUUCUCAAAAUUUAUAGUUUUUAAUAAUAUAGAUCAAAUGGAAACUGCCUUGCUUAUGGCCUUGCUUUUGACUUGCACAAUGUGGGAAAUAAUCUCAUUAUAAUUUUUAAGGGAACAAAUGGUUAAAAAGAAAUGCUUUGAAGCACAGGAUUAAAAAAAAGCAAGCGAUGUUUGUUAGGGAAAAAAAUGGAAGUAAACCAACACCAUUCUUUUACCAUUGAUGGACGGACUGAAGCUGCAGUCUUAGCACUGAUGGCAAAGAAGUGAAUGGAGCCUUCUCCCAUGCCUACAUUUAGAGACAUUUGGAAGAUUUUACAAGCAAGUCCCUUUGCUGCUUGAAGAUUGUUCAACUGCAGUGAAAAUUUCUGAAACUUUUAGCUGCAUAUGAACGUUUUCUUCCCAUUCACAAAAUAGUAGUUUAGGGUUGAAGUGAUGGGAACCUUGUCCUCUGACAAAGCAACAACUGAACAGAGUCAAGCUGUAGGUAUAUAAAAUUUCAGUGUUUUUAUUCUACUCUUUGUAUUCACAUUCAUACACCUGAACCUAUUUUGCUAAUGAAAAUCAUUCAUUCCUUUAUUCUAUUGAUUUUUAUGAUCAAGAGUAAAUGACAAGGUGCUUAUAAAUACACAUGUAAAGUAAGAGUGAAUUAAAGGGUUUUUUAAAUAAAA